GGAAGGGUUAGAUCGCCGUACCGGAAGCGGGGCGCCGCCGGGGCCGAGGAGCCGGAACCGAGAGACGGAGCGCGGGUCCCGGGCCGGAGCGGCGGAUGCCUGGGGUGACCCAAGGCUUAGACUUGGAACCUCCACCGUCCCAGAUACAUCGGCGCGGAGGGGAGACCAUGGCGAAGAUUCAGGCCCAUCUUCAGCAGAUAAACCAUCAGAUCCAGGCUCAGACUUUUGCAGUACAGAAACAAGCACAGCAACAACAGUUCCAGAGGCUCAAGUGUGCUUUUCAGGUGGAAGAUGCCUUGUCAUACCUGGACCAGGUUAAGAUGCAGUUCGGGAACAACCCGGCCGUUUACAAUGAGUUCCUUGACAUCAUGAAGGAAUUUAAAUCUCAAAGCAUCGACACGCCUGGUGUAAUUGACAGGGUUUCCCGGCUCUUCCAGGGACAUCCUGACCUUAUUCUGGGAUUCAAUGCCUUCCUGCCACCCGGAUAUAGAAUAGAGAUUCAGAAGAACAAGGCAGUGAGUGUGCAUGGACCCACCCCAGCUGAGACUCAGGUGCUGUCUGAGGCAGCAUACGAGCGUGCAGCUGCCGCUCCCGCCAAUGCUGCUGUCGCUCCCGUCGCCCGUGCCGAUCCUGCUCCGACCCAGAGCGCUCUGGUGGGCCACAAGGAUGAGCACAUGGACCGCCGUUUGAUCCGUGAGGACGCCACUCCACGUUUACUGGAUCACCAUGACGACCUAACAUCCAAUGAUCCGCACCCUGUGGAGUUUGACAACGCGAUUAGUUAUGUGAAUAAAAUUAAAAACCGUUACUUAGAACGCCCCGAGGUUUACAAAUCCUUUCUGGAGAUUCUGCACACCUAUCAGAAGGAGCAGCUGAUCGUGAAGGACACCAAGGGGAAACCUUACUGUGGCAUGACUGAAGAUGAAGUCUUUGCGAAGGUUGCCAAUCUGUUCCGAGGCCAGGAAGAUCUGCUGACCGAAUUUGGCCAAUUUCUUCCAGAUGCCAAACGAUCUCUGUUCACUGGAAGUGCUGCAUCUGAAAAGGACGAGAGUAAAAUGGUUGAUGAAGAUGACGGAUCUAAACACUCGCAAAGCAAGAAGCGUUUGCGAACUACGCUGCUGCCCCAAGUGCCUCCUCCACUCAAGAAAAAGCUGAAGUUGUCCAGUGUGAAAGACCGGUCGUUAGCUUCUGCAGGCAAACAUGGCACCUUGAGAGAGUUCAGCUUCUUUGACAGAGUGCGCAGGAUUCUAAAGAGCCAGGAAGUGUAUGAAAAUUUCUUGCGCUGCAUUGCCCUAUUCAACCAGGAGGUGGUGUCUGGCUCCGAGCUCCUUCAGCUGGUCACUCCAUUCCUGGGGAAGUUCCCAGAGCUUUUUGCACGCUUCAAAUCAUUCUUGGGCCAGAAGGAGCUCUCACUCACACAGCCUUUGCAGAGAGAUCGGCCAGUGGAUGGGAUUGCCCGAGAGAUUGACUAUGCGUCAUGUAAGAGGUUGGGCUCCAGUUACAGAGCUCUGCCUAAAACCUACCAACAACCGAAGUGCAGUGGGCGAACUGCAGUCUGCAAGGAGGUUCUCAAUGAUACUUGGGUCUCAUUUCCCUCUUGGUCAGAAGAUUCCACCUUCGUUAGCUCUAAGAAAACUCCGUAUGAGGAGCAGCUUCAUCGCUGUGAGGAUGAGAGAUUUGAGCUUGAUGUUGUCCUGGAAACCAACCUUGCCACAAUCCGUGUGCUUGAGAGCGUGCAGAAAAAACUGACCCGAAUGUCCCCGGAGGAUCAGGACAAAUAUCGCCUUGAUAAUUGUUUGGGAGGGACAUCGGAGGUUAUCCAUCGCAGAGCCAUCUAUCGUAUCUAUGGUGAUAAAGCACCAGAAAUAAUCGAUGGACUUAAGAAAAAUCCAGCAACAGCUGUACCUGUGGUGCUGAAAAGGUUGAAAGCCAAGGAAGAAGAAUGGCGGGAGGCACAGCAAGGCUUUAACAAGAUCUGGCGGGAGCAGUAUGAGAAAUCAUACUUGAAAUCACUGGAUCACCAGGGAGUCAACUUCAAACAGAAUGAUACCAAGGCACUGCGCUCCAAGAGUCUGCUGAAUGAGAUUGAAAGCGUUUAUGAUGAGCGACAAGAACAGAACUCUGAGGAAGGUUGCCCAGGCAUCACUGGGCCCCACCUGAUGUUCGUGUAUGAGGAUAAGCAAAUCAUGGAGGAUGCUGCAUCCCUCAUCAUUUACCAUGUGAAGCGACAGCCCACCAUUCAGAAGGAGGACAAGGAUCACAUCAAGCGUAUCAUCUAUCAUUUUGUCCCAGACUUGUUCUUUUCUCAGCGUGGGGAACUGAGCGAGUCAGAGGACUCAACGGACGAUGAGAUGGAAAGUGAUCAGCGACACAGUCAGCGUAACAAUGCCGAUACGGGGCAGAAAGGAGCGGCUUCUCCAGAGAGCAGCCUGGCUGAGGAACGGGUGGACCUGCGCGACCAGGUGGCUGAAUAUCAGAAGAACUUGGAUGACGUCUACAAUCUCUUCUUUGUAAACAACAACUGGUACUUUUUCCUGCGACUCCAUCAAAUUCUGUGCUACCGGCUGCUGCGUAUUUACAGGCAAGCGGAGAAACAGCUAUUGGAAUAUCAGGUGGAAAAGGAGAAGGAGAAACAAUUGCAGGAGGGAAGGAAAGAGAAAGCAAGCGAUCCUGCUGUGGAACUCCGGCUCAAGCAGCAAAGUGAGAUUGAGUUGGAAGAGUAUUACCCAGCCUUCCUGGAUAUGGUGAGGAAUCUGCUGGAUGGAAACAUCGAACCUACACAAUACGAGGACACGCUGCGUGAAAUGUUCACCAUCCAUGCGUACAUUGGCUUCACUGUUGAUAAGCUGAUUCAGAAUAUUGUACGGCAGCUUCAGCACUUGGUGAGUGAUGAUGUGUGUGUGCAGGCAACAGAGGUGUAUCUGAGUGAGAGGAAGCGAGGAGCUGCUGGCGGGAGUUUGCCUUCCCAGUGUGUCCGAGCCACCCUGGAAGCAGCCUACCAGCUAAAGGCUGAGCGUGUGAUGCCAGAUGAAAACUGUUUUAAGAUUAUGUUUAUCCAGAGUAAGGGACGUGUUUCCAUGACAAUCGAGCUAUUGGACACGGAGGAAGCACCUUCAGAUGAUCCUCUGGAGCUGCAGAAUUUAACAAGUUAUGUUGAGCAGUAUGCUGGUCCAGAGGCAGCCCUCCAGUUCGAGCAGACUGAUGGAUUCUUUUAUAAGCCAGUGUUUUUACCCAGAAACCUUCGAAAAUUUCGUAAAUGGCAACAGAAGCAGUUUCUAUCAAUGAGGAAUGAAAGCAGGAACAGCAGGCAGCGUAGCCUGGGUGUUGAGAACUCCAACAGCAUUGACUGCAAGUUUAAGCUCAACACUCACAAGUUGGUGUAUGUCAUGAACUCUGAAGACUUCAUGUACCGGUGUGGAGCUCUGCAUCGAGCUCGUGAGUCACAGUGCCAGGUUGCCAGGUAUCAGCACCAGCAGUUUCAGUUGUGGCACAACCGUUGGCUGCAGGACCACGUGACGGAUGAGACAGCUGAAUUGGUGCAGGAUUGGCUGAUGGGCGAGGACGUUGAGGACCUAAUCCUGUGCAAGACCGUCUGUGAAACUGACACCAUUCACGACAUUCCCGUCAACAGAUACCGUGUACAGUACAGCCAGUGCCCUCCCUCGCCAUGACAUGCUUCUGCACAUGACGUGCUUGCACACGCACACACUGCAGUUGCAAGUGCACUGCGUGACUGUGGGGGAUACACCAUGCUUUCGGCUGGUGAGUUGAUUGUAAUGGCUGUCUGACUCCCGUGUAAGUGAAUGAUCGUCGCAGCACCAGUCUACAGAACACAGCUAGUGUUAUCAAUGAGGAACUGCACUCGACAUGAAUCUGCUUGUGAUCCUUGAACUCAUUCUCUCUUCCCUUCCCCACCCCCAUUAUGUCGUACUUUCCUCUUCCCACCCCUGAUUAUACAUUGUAACGUUGCAUGACAUAUUUUUGGUUGCACCCUAAUGCUUGCUGAUGUGUACCCUGUGAUGCAACCUGACCACCAGAUAGCAGGACUGGUAAAAGGUGAUUAUGGUGGUCUCCAGCUGCUGCACCUCUCUCCCACCCCAUGCCCCUCCCCUUACCUUGAAAAAGAAGCAGAGGCUGUCAUUUCUUCACCUACAAUGGUAAAUAUCUGGGGCAGCCUUUCAGAAACGUACCAAGAUUUCAAGGCUUUGUGAAUCUUCAUCCAUGUAUUGACUUCACCUCAUUAGACAGACAUCUGGCGGAGCUGCUGCUAAUGUCUGCACCAGUGAGACAUCUGUCAACCCUGGAGCAUGCUACAUUUGACCAAGCCAAUUUUACAUCAGCAGAGACAACCUAGCCCAGAUCUGAACAAGCUCGAGGAUUGACAAGUUGCUGAGACCUUUUAUUUUUACAAUUCCCAGCAAGUGACCAGUAUUAAAGGUUGGUAUCAGGUGUUGACUCCAAGUGCAGGGCUGGUGGCUGGAUUUGCUGCAGUCUGUGAAGGUUGCUUAUUGCUGCCCUAUCCACCUCUGAACAGAAGUGCUUCUGUUGCAAGGAAGCAAUGUUCGAGUCAAGGCUGUGCCGGUGCAAACCCUGUUAAACCUCAGCCAAAUGAAGGUUAAAUGAAAGCAACUUAAGCUGUCCUCAUUAAAUUGAAUGCUAUCUGGGCUUUGGGCUUGAACUGCCACUCGUUCACAUGAUGGUUGACAGUAUACAUGACCCUUCUGUUUCCCUCUGAGCUGCUUGAGGAUUGCUGACGUUUGUUUGAGCCCUCUCGUGGACUAAGUCCUUUAACUUCCUUUUGAAGCUGCUGUAUAUUAAAUCAUACUGAAGGUUGCUUUCUAAGCAAGUGGGGUGGGAGUGAGGAAUCAUGGACUGGAGAUACAAAAACAAAACACACAUGUGUUAAUAUAUUAACUGCCUGAAAUUCAGGGGAUUUUUUGACUAUUAUGUAAAGUUUUCAAAUUUAAGGCUUGCUUCUUUACAGAAAUAUCUCUGUUUAAAUUAGUGUAUUGUUGAAAGAUUCAAGUAUUGAGGAUGGUUUUUUUUAAUGUUUUGUGAAUAAGAGCAUCUUUAGAGGGAGGCUUAAAACUGUUCUGAGAGUAUUCCUAAAUCAAGCAGUGAUCCUGUUUAGCUGCAGCAUGGUGAAGAUGCGGCAGGUUGAGUGAUGGAGUAUGGCCAAAGGAGAGGCUAACCAUUGCCAAACAUUCUCGGGUGCCUAGCUGGCUUCCACACUAAAGUAAUUGGGUGCUGGUCGCUGGUCAAGUUCAGAAACUGCAGAGCUGUCUGUCUCUGUCCAGUAUAAUGUCUCCAAAGGUGGAAUGUUCACCAAUACCCUCUGAAAUUGGAGGAAAGUGUAAGAGGGGGCACGGGAGGAAACUGGCAUGUUGACAACAAACUGUCAGGUUCCUGUGGAUGUAGUUAUCUCUUGUUGUUCCUCGGUUAUCCAUGCUGUUCCCUCUUGAUCCUGAAGCAGCUCGCACUUGACCCACCUCUUACCUGGUAACGAAUACUGGCAGCCUUCACUCUGCUGCCUUCUGUAACACACACCUGCUGACUUAGCAUUGACUGUGGUUGGAACUUGGCUCCAUGCCACUGUGGACUCGGUAUGUUGGGGGUGGAUGAGGGGAGGGCUGGGCCUCAGACAGGGGACUGCUUACUGUCCAAAACCAAAAUACAACACCUGCAGGAAAUUGGAAAUAAAACGCAGAAUGCUGAUAAAAUUAGGCAGGUCAGGCACCAUUUGUGGAGAAAGGUAUGGACUCAGCGCUAAUGGCAUUUCAUCAGAGCUUCCACCAUUGUCACCCACGGGUGGCUGCAUCUCGAUGCUGUGGCCACACUUGUGAUUUCUGUAUCUGCUGGACUAAGCAAUCAAGUGGGAGAAAUGCACUUUCUGCAUUGCUUUGCCAAGCUGGAACAGAAUUAGCAUGGACUGUUCUUGGCUAAAAGCUGCCAACAGUCAGGCAGAAUGGUUUUAAUAUCAUCUCCAUGACUGUGAUUUGUGCAAUGCUGAGGCUUUGCACCUGCUGCCACUCUUGCACUUUGUCCCUCUCACAGAGUGGGGUGUAGUGGCACUGGGGGUCCCAAUCGGGGGUUGGGGUGGGGUCGCCCAAAAGGCUUGGUCAGAAGGCAAAAUGUGGACAGGAGCAUGGCUACUGUCAUCAGCUGCCAUCAAUUCCCAUUUGCUGCAUUGACACAUAUUAAUAAGGGGUGUGUUGAGUUUGUAUACAACCACUUGUAUUUAUCAAAUGUUUUAAAAGGGAAAAAAAAAGUCAAAAAUAUUCCAUUACAUUAAAUAGUGCGCACAAUUCAGGGAGGCAGGACAAAAUGAACUUUCGUGUUUUCCCAAUCCCAUCUCGCCCUCUCCCGCUAUCAGUGUGCAUCAUGGAUGCAAAAUUAUUCAGUGGGGGAGAGUUGGCAAUGGUGCCAGGAGUCCUCGAUGUUAUUUGCUUCUGAGUAACCUUCCUCCCCCCCCCCCCCCACCCCCCCCCCCCCCCCGCCAACUGCAUGAAGCAUCACCUGGGGAGAGUAAGAGGGUGGUGUGCAGGGUGAGACAACUGAAAGGAGCAGUUGACUGGUGUUGUACUAUAGUCCAUGAGAGGGCAGCCCGUCCUGAGGGGGCGCCAAUUAUCAAUAUCGCCACGGAGACCAUUCCUUUGGCGACGGCCUUUAAUUGGAAUCUGGCUCGCCUGAUGUUGACUGGUCACGGUGAUAAUUUUCAUUUUGUUCUUGCCGUGUGUGAAACAAUAUGAUGUGAUUUUACAUUGUGUGAUAAUUGAAAUCUCUCGAAUUCUGUGUUUAAGGAGAUGUGUCAAUGCCGUGCUCUGUCUGCUUUUGUAAUACGAUGCUUGUUUGUGAAGUCAAACAUUUACCAAACUUACCCCCCUCUCUCUCUCCCUGAAACUUUGCUCGUCUCUCUGCAGCCUCUCAGUUGACACACAGUUCUCUCGUGACAGGGGCCCGAGGCUCCCGACCCCCCUUGUGUUAGUGAGAUCCUCUUCUCCCCCUCGUGGGGCGAAGGUCCCGAGGCUUCCCCUCCUCCCCCUCUUGGGGUGAGGGUCUUGAGCCUCCUCUUCUGCCCUUCCUGGGUGAGAAAGGGGCUUAAGUCCUGAUUCUCCCUUGGAGGCGAGGGAGCUGACGUUGGUGGCGGCGUCCUGAGGCUUCUGCUACCUUCUUGAGCAGGAAGGCCCUGAAUCCUGGCUCCUUUUUAACUGUAAUUUCCACGUUUGAAAUUCAUUCUAAUUUUCUGUUCUGAAUAAUGUACUUGGUCACUUUUGAAUCCCUGAGCUGUCCAGGGCUGGAGGGAGGGUUACAUCAGCAGUUCCCUGCAGUCUUCAUCCCUCUGCAAACAGCAUUGUACCUUCAUAAAAAAUGUAAUAAAAAUGAAAAAUGCA